AUGAUUAUAGAAUUUCUUUCCAACAUCCGCAUAUGGAUUGUCUUGAUUAUUCUAAUCCUCACGUUUCUAUUCCGUUCAAGACGUCGCUCAGUCUUUCCAGCCAUUAACGAUUUUCCACUCGAUCCACUUUCCCAAAAAGCGCACAACGAGUAUCGCACUAACGCCAAAUCGCUGAUCGCCAACGGUCUCGCAAAACACCAAGGCCCAGUCUCCCUCUCCGUCCCAAGUGGUCAGAAAAUCGUUCUCCCAGCGUCGCUCACCGCUUGGGUGAAAUCAAACAAAGAUCUCGAUCACAGGGAGCUCGUCAUACAAGACUUCUAUGCUGGAUUGCCUGGAUUCGAAGCACAGGAUGCGUUGCAUACGUCUGGAGAUUUACUUCUCGAUUUGAUUCGCACGAAGCUGGGCCAGAACGAUAGUAUCAUGCCAGUGGUGAAUGGCAGUAUAGCAAAAGCGUUGCAAAUUCACUGGGGCGAGGACAAGGACUGGCAUGUCAUCGACUGGCAGAAAGACACAACGAGUAUUAUCGCACGCGCAGCGUCAUCAGUAUUUGUCGGUCCAGAGAAGUGCGAGGAUGAAGAGUGGUUGAGUAUCGCACAAGGCUACGUCGACGCGUACUUUACAGCUGUCAAUGAGUUGCAUCAGUAUCCGGCCUGGUCGAGACGCAUUGUGCAGAGGUUUCUCCCAAACGCCGUUGCUUGUCGGAAAUACAUGGCACAGGCUCGCGUUGUUGUCAAGGAUCUGAUUGAACAACGGGAAAAGAAAGUCGAGGAGGCGAAGCGCAAAGGCGAUCCUCUCCCGCAAUUCAACGAUGCGGUGGCAUGGGCACAAGCAGCACCAGGCCCCAAGGUAGACGCCGGCGACAUACAAUUGUCACUGGCAAUGGCUGCGUUCUUCACCACGAGCGAACAGUUCCGCCAGGUCUUGAUCGAUGUUGCUUCGCACCCGGAGCUCAUCGAGCCACUCAGGAAAGAAGUCUCGCAACAGAUUUCUACCCACGGUAUAACCGUCUCUGCGACAAACAACAUGGUCCUGCUCGACAGCGUCCUGAAAGAGUCGCAGAGACUUUCCGCUUCCAUAGUGGUUCUCGAGCGCGUAGCCCUCAAAGACAUGACCCUCCCCACUGGCGAGAAUCUCCCACGCGGUUCCCACAUCAUGGUCGACCGCGCCGAUCUCCGGAGUCCCACCAAAUACCCCAGCCCCGAUCACUUCGACGGACACCGUUUCCUGCGCCAACGCAAGGCCGGCGAUAAGUUCGCGCAAUUUGCUCAAUCAGGCCCGGACUACAAUGUGUUUGGCGGUGGACGGCAUAUUUGCCCAGGACGCUAUUUCGCUAGCAACGAAUUGAAACUCGCCAUGGCGCAUAUAUUGCUGAAGUAUGAGAUUAGGUUGGUGAAGGGGUACCAGUCGAGUAUGGUACAGAUGGGCGUGUUUAAAGUGGUUGAUCCGGCGGUUCAGUUUGAGGUGCGGAGGAGGGAUGUUACAGAGAUGGAUUUGGAUCAGUUGACUGUAUCUUUGGCGUGA